AUGGCCCAAAAGAACUCUCCCGUCAUCAUCGUCGGCGGUGGACUAGCUGGCCUGGUCGCCGCUUUCGAACUAUCCAAACGCAAGGUCCACACUAUCAUCAUAGACCAAGAGAAUGAAGCUAGUCUAGGUGGACAAGCGUUUUGGUCUCUGGGAGGUUUGUUCUGCGUAAACUCGGCGGACCAGCGUCGGCUGGGUAUCCAAGAUAGUCGAAAGCUGGCAAUGGAGGACUGGUUCAACAGCGCACGGUUUGAUCGUGAAUGUGACCUCUGGCCCAGAAAAUGGGCAGAGGCAUUUGUGAACUUUGCAACUGAUCAUAUGGAGCGUUAUGUCAAGUCGUUGGGGGUCCCGAGAUUCCAUGUUUCCUGGGGCACUGGUCCUGCCAUUGUGGAGGCUUUUGAGAAGCCGGUUCGUGCUGCUGCGAAGAAAGGGCUUGUGGAGUUCAUGUUUCGUCACCAAGUGGACUCUUUAAUUGUUGAUGAGACUACUGGUGCUGUCAUCGGUGUACGAGGUCAAGUGCUCGAGCCGUCUGACACAGCACGCGGUGUAGCAAGCAACCGAAAGAGCACCGACACAUUCGAAGUGUACGGCAGCGCAGUGCUUAUUGCAAGUGGAGGUAUUGGUGGCAAUGUAGACUUGGUUAAGAAGAACUGGCCUGUUGAUCGACUUGGGACUCCACCAUCAAACUUCGUUAUUGGUGUCCCUGCGCAUGUGGAUGGGCGCAUGAUUGAAAUUGCAAAAGAUGCUGGGGCCAAUGUAAUCAAUGAAGAUCGCAUGUGGCACUACACUGAAGGUCUACAGAAUUGGGAUCCCAUUUGGCCACAGCACGGGAUACGAAUUAUCCCAGGACCCUCCUCGCUGUGGUUGGAUGCCACAGGGAAGCGACUUCCCCCAAUGCUUUACCCUGGAUGUGACACCCUUGCCACUUUGAAGCAUAUAUGCAACACCGGCUAUGACUAUACUUGGUUUGUCCUUGAUAAAACGAUUAUUGGCAAAGAAUUCGCACUCUCGGGCUCCGAGCAGAACCCUGAUUUGACUGGCAAAAGCAGGCUAAGAACGCUCUACCGAAUACUUGGCUCCGCGGUCCCUGGUCCUGUUCAAGCAUUCAUGGAUAAAGGGGUAGAUUUCGUGGUGGAGGCAACAGUACCCCAACUGGUAGCUGGGAUGAACAAACUUGCCAAAGAACGAGGCGGCCCUCCUCUGGACGUUGAGAAGAUCGAACAUGAGAUCCACCUCCGCGAUAUGCAAAUCGACAAUAAAUUUACGAAAGAUGCUCAAAUAAUGCUUAUUCAGAAUGGGCGCAACUACUGGCCAGAUCGUUUUGGCCGGGUAGCUAAACCGCACAAGCUGGCGGAUCCGUCACACGGUCCGUUUGUCGCUGUACGCCUGAACCUCCUGACUCGUAAGACUCUGGGAGGUCUUGAGACAGAUUUGCAUGGGAGGGUACUUCGCCCGGAUGGAUCACCUUUCCCAAGCCUGUAUGCUGCAGGCGAGGUCUCGGGUUUUGGGGGUGGCGGAGUGCAUGGUUAUAGUGCGCUUGAAGGAACGUUUUUAGGGGGCUGUAUCUUCUCAGGCCGAACGGCAGAUAAGACCAUCUAUGUUACUAUGAACUCCAAUUCCCCACCUACACAAGUCCUUCCUUCAAUUACUCCGGACCCCAAUUGUAUAGGCCACAUAAAGCCUUCUAUGAACCCCCUUCUCCGGUCCUCUGCCCGCCUCUACUCAACAAUGUCUGCAACGCUGUCCCCCACGUCAUCGCCCUUCACCAAGGCCGUGGUGAGCUCUAUGAGGAAGCUCUACCCCGAAACCCUCGCAGACAAAAGCUGGGAUAACACAGGCCUCCUCCUCGAAGCGCCCUUCAACCCAACCCGACGCCAAAAGAACUCCGUUCUUCUAGCCAUAGACCUCACAAAAGCCGUCGCAGAUGAAGCCAUUGCGCGCAAAGACUCCGCAAUCGUCGCCUACCACCCGAUCAUCUUCCGGGGACUAAAAUCCCUCACCUUCACCGACCCCCAACAACAAUCCCUCCUCCGUCUCGCACAGGAAGGCAUCAGCGUCUACUCCCCACACACAGCCGUCGACGCCACCCCAGGCGGAAUGGCCGACUGGCUCUGCGACAUCGUCACCGGCUCAAUCACCCCCUCGCCCUCUCCUUCUUCCACCAAUAAUGCGCCAAUCCAAUCCUCCUCCUCGAAGACAUACUCAGCCCCAUCCUACCCAACCCCCCACGCCGUGGUCCCCGCUGAGGCAAGCUCAAUCCCAAAACACACCAGAACAACAAUCCACCCCUCGCCGCCCCCUCUCCCAGAGAACAUGGAAACCGCCGGAAUGGGCCGUCUCGUUACCUUCGACUCUCCCCAGCCAUUGACAUCUCUCGUGGAUAGAAUUGCAGACGGUGUCGGAUUCCCCGGUGGUAUCCCCAUUGCCAUUCCGCAGGGGGUGUCUGUGGAUGAGAUUUCGAUUCGCACGGUGGGCGUUUGUCCCGGGUCUGGGUCCAGUGUUCUUAUGAAGGGGGGCAAUGUGCCCGAUUUGCUGUUUACGGGGGAGAUGAGCCAUCAUGAGGCGUUGGCGGCUAUUGAGCGGGGGAAGGUGGUUGUUGCACUUGCGCAUUCAAAUACGGAGAGGGGGUAUUUGAGGGCUGUUAUGAGGGAGAAGUUGGAGGGGGUGCUUAAGAAGGAGUGGGAGAUUCAGCGCGCAGAAGCGUUGAAGGCAGUGGACGGUGGUGAGGAGGGGUUUGUGGAUGUUUUGAAGGAUGGGGCGUGUGAGGUGCAUGUUAGUGAGAGUGACCGGGAUCCUUAUGGUAUCAUGGUUAGGAGGGUUUAG